UGAUCAAAGUUAACGAACUAACCAACCUGGGGAAAGAGAAGGAUGUCACACCUUCCAGAGGAACCUAUCUUCUCGGGGAACGAUGCUCUGAGAGCUAGGGUGUCAUAUAAAAGGCCCUCUAGGGAUGGUGUUUCGAAACUGACAGAGAAGUCAGAAAUGCUAAGGGAAGAUUUCAGAAGGAAACUUCAGAGGAAACCUAGGUUUGCAGGGAAGGUGGUGGUCUAACUUGGAGCUGCGUCGCUGCGAUUAGAUCUGCAAUUUAACUGCAGGCCAUCAUAUUGCUUUUUCCUGAUAUCUGUGCACCGCAGAGUAUGGCAUCCAUUUUACCUGCUUCUGAUAGAUCCACGAGACCUGACAAGAAUACGUAUGAGGGAAAAAGAUCUGUAUAUGUUAAGAAUCCUUACCUGGAUGCUAUGGAUGAAGACAUCCUCUACCACUUGGACUUAGGAACCAAAACACACAACCUUCCAGCAAUGUUUGGGGAUGUAAAGUUCGUCUGUGUCGGUGGGAGCCCCAACAGAAUGAAAGCGUUUGCACAGUUUAUGCACAAGGAACUCCAGCUGGAGGGAGAUGGAGAAGACAUUGAAGACAUCUGCGCAGGAACAGACAGAUACUGCAUGUUCAAGACCGGCCCUGUGCUUUCCAUCAGUCACGGGAUGGGCAUCCCCUCUAUUUCUAUUAUGCUCCACGAACUCAUCAAAUUACUCCACCAUGCACGCUGCUGUGACGUCACCAUCAUCCGAAUCGGAACGUCAGGGGGAAUUGGGAUUGCCCCCGGGUCUGUUGUGAUAACAGAUACAGCUGUAGACUCCUUCUUCAAGCCUCGGUUUGAGCAGGUAAUCCUGGACAACGUGGUCACCCGAAACACUGAACUUGACAAGAAACUGGCUAUGGACUUGCUCAACUGUAGCAGAGAAAUCUUCAGCUUCCCAACCCUCAUCGGACACACGAUGUGUACCUAUGACUUUUACGAAGGCCAGGCCCGCCUAGAUGGAGCCUUGUGUUCUUUUUCGAGAGAGAAGAAGCUGGACUACUUGAAGCGAGCAUACAAAGCCGGAGUCAGGAACAUUGAGAUGGAGUCUACGGUAUUUGCAGCCAUGUGUGGAUUGUGCGGUCUGAGAGCUACUUGUAACUUUGGGAGGCAUUCAUUCUUUAGAGAAUUUCUUUGAAACUGUUCAAUAAAAGGAAACAGAAGCCCUGGCUCCAAUUCAAUUUUUUAAAUUCUUCUGUGGAUGUUCCCAGCAAUGAAGGAUCUUUGUGUCGGGGACCUGCAUGGUGACCGUCGAUAAAGCCCAAAAGAUGUUACCACAAAAUUUUAAUGGCUAUUUUAGGUUUGUAGCUGUCGUAUUUCUUAAUCCCAAAAGGGAAGAAAAAUCAGGUUUUUGAAAAAUUGUUCCACAAGGAUAUUUGGCAGCCAUUUGUAGCUCUCCACACCUUCAUGAGAGAAAUAGCGGCUUGGGGUUCGUUAACGUUCCCACCACCAUCUCUGGAAUUUGACCUCAGCUCUGUGUGACUUGGGCCAUUCUCUCCCGAAAGACUGCUGCUUCUGGCAGGAGCCUUCCCAUGGAAACACAGGGCUGUGGAGUGGGGUGGGGGCAGGGGCGGUUCCUGGACCAAAGAACCCAAAUGUGCACCAUUCAAAAUCAGAGGCCAGUGCUGUGCUGCAGAGACUGCGAGCAGAUAAGUAUCUUACCUCAGCCAACAAACCAUAAGGACAGGGUGGUCCCAAGAGCUGGUGCUGGAAUCUAAUAAAAAGUUAAGCAGACACAGAAUAGCGUUGCAUAGCUAUGAUCCUGCCAUGAUUGUUCAACUUUCAAAUCUGAAAAAUGAGGUGUAAAUGUGUAGCUAACUUACUAUUUGAUUUGCCUGGGGUAAUGGUGAGGAGUUACCAUAUGGCUCCAGCUGGUCUUGAUUGCUUGCCUCCGCCUCCAGGAUUCGGGAGUUACAGAUGGGGUCACCACACCACACCUUGCAUUACUUUUUUUUUGUUGAAUAAUAAUUGCAAGUUUUAAUAUGUGUACAGCCUGUAUAAUGAUCAAAAUGGGCUAACUAGUAUAUCCAUCAUCUUAAACGCUUCUUCUUUUGAGAUGAAACAUUUAAAAAAUUCUAACAGUUAGCUAUUGUUUGUCUUGUAAAUUUGACAAAGACAGGAUUAAGAAAAUAUAACUUACUCUGAGAUACUCUAACAUAUUUUGAAUUAAAGCCGGUAUACUUUUGGUUGACUGGCUUUAAUUCUAAUCCUAGCCUUUUCUCACCACUGCCAACACACCCUCUGUGUAGCUGGCACAGCCUACACUGGCCUCUCUCUGCUAUGACCCCAAGACCAGGGACCAGGACUAGCAUCUCGGGCUCCAUGGCCUGUCUUCCCAAGUCAUCAUUGUUUCAUGACCCAUAAUUCAGCAGAUCAAAGUCACUCCUCAGGGGUGACAAUAUGGUCUUCCUACUGACAAGAUGAUGUGAGGCCCGAGGUGGAAACUGAGAGGCAUGAAAGGUCCAGAAAGUCAUCCUUUUCUGUAUGGAUGAAGCCAGGUCUAGAGGGAAUAUUGAGCAGCCUAAGGAAACACGGCUGAGCAAGAACAAGGAUGGAACAGAUCCAACAUCACUGCCUCUUGGCUGUUGCUUUUUAAAACAGUGUUACGAACUGCAGUUACUACUAGAAAUGAUCUGUGCACACCAGCACUGCAGAGAACACUAGCAACAGCUUUCAAUGGCUCGGGGAUGUUUAAAUAGCAUUUAAAACCAGGAGAAAAGAAUCAGAGGUGGGUAUGUAAGUGAGUGGCAUAUUCGUAGGGGCCUCGAUUUCAAAAAACACUACCCAGGAAUCCAGCGCUAAUUGUAAAUACCUGGACUGAGCUCUGGGCUUCUUGGGUGAAAAUGAAAGUAAGUUGUGCUUUUCCACUCUCGUUAUAUAAUGAAAGGAAACAUCGGAGGUGUUUCCUUUCUUGGUUUGUCUUGGCAAAUCUUUCUUCCAAUGUUAAACUUUGUUCAGAAGUA